AUGAAGGUCAGCGGCGUUCAACUCGUAGCCGUGGUGGCGGCGAACCUCCUCUUGCUUUUUUUGGAGUCGGCGGUAUCUCAAACAGCGAAUGUUACUACAGGUGGUCCUGGUCCAGGCGGUGAUCCUGGUCAAGGUGGUCCUGUUCCAGGCGGUGGUGCGAAUGCCACUGCUGUCAGACCCCAAAACGGUACCAUCCCGGCCAAUGGCACUCUUCCUCCUCCUCCUGCAGGAGGGGGAGGCGGGAUUAGCGGAGGAGGAAUUUCCGGUCCUGAGGUAGCAACGCCGUGUUCUGCCUUGGCAGAUCCUACCACAGUGGACUGUUUGACUUGCUUGGAAGCCAACUGCACGUGGCACAACGAUGGCAUCUGUAACAAUGCGUGUACUUUUAUCCCCGGAAAUCCCUGCUAUGAUCAACCCUUGUUCCCUGGAGAAUCGGCACAAGCCAUUUGUAGCAUUCACGCGAGAGAUUCGGUAGAACGAGAGCAUUGCAUGGAAGUGGGCGGUGGUUUCUGUCCUACCUGUGUCGCUACUCCUUUCCUGGCAGAUCCCAACAAGACUUGCGUUUGGUAUCAGGGACGACAAGAAUGUCGCAUUGGAGGCCGCGAUUGUUUCUUCCCCGGUUGUGGCUCGGACACAUGCCCACCCACUCCCGUGCCCGCCGAUACUCCCGUGCCCGCUGAAACACCCGUGCCUGCCGAAACACCAGGACCAUCAGACGGUACUCCGGUACCAGUUCCAGCCGGAGGAGAUGGAGACCCAGGAGAUAUUGAUUGUGCAGCCUUUCCUGCCGGAGGCGAGGCAGUAGCCACUUGCCAAACCUGUCUGGAAGCGGGAUGCUCGUGGACUAUUGACAAUUGCUACAGUUUUUGUGCUGUGGCUGAUGCUCCCUGCUACAACCAAGAAAACUUUGAAGGACAGAGCGUGGUGGAUAUUUGCACGGCUUUCACAACUGAUCAAGAAAACUCCAGAAUUUGCAGUGCAGCCCAAGAUUGCGGCUCUUGCGCCGAUAUAGCACAAACGGGUGGAGUGAACAAGACUUGCGAAUGGUAUCCUGGUAGCAGCUAUUGUGGAACUGGUGGCUGUACAUUGAUUGGAUGUGGAGAGACCGAUUGCAAUAAUUUUACUCAGAAUGUCUGCUUGACCGCUGAAGCAGGCGGCGAUGCCACCUGCACGGAUUGUGUCGAUGCGGGGUGCGCUUUCUUUGGAACCGGUGCUUGCUACAUAAAUUGUGAGGUGCUGCAGGAUGCCCAAUGCUACAGUUCGGAAGCAGGUGUGGACGCCGUGACCACUUCCGAUGUUUGUAUGUCAUAUGAAAUCAAUUUGCAAAACAGUCAAAUCUGUGAAGCCGCCUCCGAUUGCGAAUCUUGUCUGACCACUGUGAAAUCUGAUGGUAAUACCACCUGCGAAUGGUAUCCCACUGCGGGAACGUGCGGUCGUGGCGGAUGCGGUUUGCUUGGGUGUGGCGAAACGACUUGCGAGGAAAUGACGCCGGCGCCCAUUCAAGAUGAUGGUGCAGCCGUCAAUGCCAGUAUCCCCAUUGCGUGCAACACUACUGCUCAAUGUCCAGAAUUAGAGUUCUGUGCGUCCAAAUCUGGCUACUGUAUACCGAUGAACUGUUCCAAUUGGAUUGCCGACGUCCCAGCAGGAAACAUCUCCUACAGUGAAGCUCCUUGCCUUAUUGAAGGUGCUGAAAUAGGUGAGGCCUUUUGUGGUUAUGAUGGUUCUUGCUAUCCAUACAAUUGUGAGAACUGGUACAAGUUUGGCCCAGUUGCAUUCACGGGCUAUGAUGUCAACAAUCCUGUGAAUUUGACCUGUGCUGAACUCGACCCGAAGGAGAGCGCUGAAAAGAAUUUGAAUUCUGUUGUAUUUGGUUGCCGUCCCUACCAACCUGGAAGCAAGGCGCCCGAAGCAAAGACCUGGACGUUUUUCUUCAACUACGAAUGCAAGUCCACCCCACGAGGCAGCGAUGAGUUCAAGUGCUAUGAAAAUCUUCCCACCACAGACUACCGUGACUUUCUGGGCGAUGUCGCUCGUAUCAAUCAGGGCUCGUGUGACCGGGAAAUCUAUACUGAAAAUGAACAACCUCUCUACUGGUACAUUGUUCAGGGGCGGCAAAUACGCCCGCCGAAGGAGGGGGAAGACCAGAACGAGGUCAUCAACUACAAACAAGGACGAGCAAAUACGGCCAGUUCAACCUCCUUUGAUCAAAGUGAAGCCGAGAGAACCAUGUACGCAGUGCUUACCAGCGACGAUGCUCCCCCAGCAGGAUCAGCCUCCGACUUUCCGGGAGCAGAUGGCAAUUCUGCAGCGUUCUCGAGGAUGGGUCUUGGCCGAUUGGCAUGCCUGUGGUUGUCUGUGGUUGCUUCCAUUUUAUUCUUCUGCUACUAGAGGCUUUGCAUGCAUUGGAUGUUUCGCUUUGUUAACUAGCCAGUAAAAGUUUCAGUGUUCAAGUUGUUUAAUUUC